UGUCAAACAAAGAAAAACUAGCCGAAAGAAUUCUACAUCACUUCAUCCAAAGGAUUUUAUGAUUUUAUUUAAACGGUAAAAUAAUCAACAAACAACUAGCGACGUGAACACAUCAUCAUCGAAGGAUGAUGAGACAAAUGAAUGGGAAAACAUGUUGGUGGGGUGCAAUGACGUUGGCCAAAUCAAUAUUCCUCUUGGGCAUUGUUGCGGCAUUUUUCCAUGCCAAGCUGGUGGAGGGACGUAAACAUCAUUUGGAAGUGCAGACGGACAGUCGUCCUUACAUUGCUCUCUCCACUUUUGGUUUCUACACCCAUGGCCAUCUCAAUGUAAAACUAAGCAAUCUACAAUUAUCAUCGGAGACAGGCAAUGAAAAUAUUGGCCUGUCAUUGGAUAAGACCACCAUCGAUCAAAUGAAUCCCUAUUUGGAUUCACAUCAAAACAAAUGCCUGCUCGAAGAAUCAUCAGGACUGCAACGAAAUGGUCCGAUUCUCUUUUUUAUGUUUGAUUUGAAAAAACUACAAGUCCAUGUAAAAUGUUCACCCGAAUGGAGAAAUCAACAUAUUUAUCGCGACUCCUCAAUGUUUCCCAUGUAUCGCAAUAAAAGACAAUCAAAAUUACACGAAGACAAUUUAAUAUUGGGACCAAGACGACGAAGACGUGAUUUAGCACCCCACGAUGGUGAGGCUAAUGUUGACACCAAUGCAGCUGCUGCCGCCGAUGCUGCAGUUUUGGAAGGUUUUGAUGACGAUGAUUCAUAUGAAGCGCCAUCGAUACCAUCUAAGCCCCAAGUACCCGAAAAGAAAGAUGAUGAUAAUGUCAUAUCUGAAGAUAGACUAGAUGAGGAAAAAGUUUUACCUGAAACCAAAAAUAAAGACAUCAAAGAAAAUCUAUCUGCCCCCAAAACAGAAGAGAAAUUAAUCAAAGAAAACCCCCGAGAUAAUGUGCCAAUUGUAGCAGGAAAUGUAGCUGCUCAAGAAACUGUUAUUACCUCUGGUGAAAAUAUGAUGCAACAGAAUGCGUUCUGUAACAAUAUGGUAUUGCCAUUGGCAAAAACUGUUGUUGAUGGUGUAAAUUACUACAAUAUGUCGUUCUCCAUGUUUGUGGCCACAUUACAUGAGGAGGGAUUGUACAAUUUAUAUUUCCACAAUUGUGAAAAUUAUCAUGGAUUUGAGAAACAAGUGUCGUUUGUGGUUGACAUUGAAGAAAACAAUAAUGGCAAUUAUUUAUCUGCCGGCGAAAUGCCACUACCUGCACUCUACCUUAUGAUGUCUGUAUUGUUCUUCUUAUCAGGUCUAUUUUGGGUAUUCAUUUUGAAGAAGAGCAAGCACACCGUUUACAAGAUUCAUUAUAUUAUGGCAGUUUUGGUGUUCCUCAAGUCGCUGUCAUUGAUGUUCCAUUCAAUUAAUUAUCACUUUAUUGAGAUACGUGGAGAACAUGUUGAGGCCUGGGCCAUUCUGUACUAUAUUGCACAUUUACUUAAGGGAGCUGUCCUGUUCAUAACAAUAGUUUUGAUUGGCACCGGUUGGACCUUUAUCAAACACAUACUAUCCGACAAGGAUAAGAAGAUUUUCAUGGUUGUCAUACCGUUACAGGUCCUGGCAAAUGUGGCCGAAAUCAUUAUCGAAGAAUCCGAGGAAAGUGAUGCCGAAUUCCGUACAUGGCAUAAUAUUUUCAUAUUUGUCGAUCUGUUGUGCUGUGGCGCAAUCCUUUUCCCCAUUGUGUGGUCAAUACGUCAUCUGCACGAAGCCUCCGCCACAGAUGGCAAGGCAGCCAUUAAUUUGCGCAAAUUGAAGCUGUUCCGCCAAUUUUACAUUAUGAUCGUUUGUUACAUCUACUUUACACGAAUCAUUGUCUAUCUGCUGAAGAUGACGGUGGCAUUCCAAUAUGCUUGGCUGGAUGAAAUGUUCCGUGAAAUGGCCACAUAUGUAUUUUUCGUACUGACGGGUUACAAAUUCCGUCCGACUUCAUCACAUCCCUAUUUUGCUGUCGACGACGACGAUGAUGAUGACGAGGUGGAGGUGUUGACGGAAUCGGGUCUAACACACAAUACCAUACAUCGUACAAAGGCUCAAUCGCGUAACAUUGUAUCGGGUACCACCAUCAUCGAGGGCAACGAUGAGGAGAAGGAGAAUUUAAUAUCAAAACGGGAAUCUAGUCAUGAAUACGAUUAGAUUUAAUCAAUAGAAUAGCGUGGAAACAAGAAUAACAAUUAUUUAGAUUAUUUGUAUAUGUUUUUUUUAAUUUAAUUUGACUUUAUUUCUAAACCCGUGGGGUUACACCCUAAAUGUGAUGGCUGUCCAAAAUAAGUGUCAUGUUUUGUAUUUCUCAAUUAACACUGACAGUUUUGCAAAGCUUGGUACCUUGUUUUGGUCGUUCACAUAAAUUUUUUUUAAUUCCCUCUUUUUGUUCUCUUAACUAAUAUCAGACAGACUGAAAAUUAAGCAACUAAAUGAUGAGUAUUUAUGUUAUAUGGUUUGGUUUUAUUUGUUCUUAUUAUGCCAACCAUUUUUACUUCAACGCAAUAUCGAGUAGCGAAAUUAGAAAAAUAUGUUUUCUUUUUUUAAUUUAAGCCAUUUAGAGAAAUAUAUAUUGCUUUCGCUAUCUCUGAUUCCAGGAACAUCAUACAUAUAUAUUAAAAAAAUAUGAACACAAUAAAGGAUAAUUUUAUAAUUAAUUUUUAGUCAUUUUGUGAAUGUAGAAUAAAAAUCGGUAUGAAAAUGUUUCGAAAAA